CCAUCAGCAACAUCCACAAAACUUUAAAGAAUGGCUGCAUUUUCCUCUUCAACUGUCAUAUCAAUUCUGGUAUUCUCUCUAAUGCAUGGUGCUUUCAUGGGCCUUUCUGCCAGUAACUUGUACCAAAAUUUUGAUAUUACCUGGGGGGAUAGCCGUGGGAAGAUGCUCCACAAUGGAGAGCUUCUUACUCUCUCCCUUGACAAAGUCUCUGGCUCAGGUUUCCAAUCAAAAAUAAGCUAUCUAUUCGGGAAGAUUGACAUGCAGCUCAAGCUUGUCCCUGGGAACUCUGCUGGCACCGUCACUGCAUACUAUUUAUCAUCACAAGGGCCAAUGCAUGAUGAGAUAGACUUUGAGUUCUUGGGGAAUUUGAGUGGAGAACCGUACAUUGUUCACACUAAUGUGUACACCCAAGGCAAGGGUGAAAGAGAGCAGCAAUUCUACUUAUGGUUUGAUCCCACUGCUGAUUUCCACACCUAUUCCAUGCUAUGGAAUCCCCAAACCAUUGUCUUCUCUGUGGAUAGCACACCAAUAAGGGAAUUCAAGAACAUGGAAUCAAUUGGUGUUCCAUUCCCAAAGAACCAACCUAUGAAGCUCUACUCUAGCCUUUGGAAUGCAGACCAAUGGGCCACAAGAGGUGGGUUGGUGAAGACAGACUGGACUCAAGCUCCAUUCACUGCUUCCUACAGGAACUUCAAUGCAAAUCCAUGGCUAUCUCAGAAAUUGGACGCAGCCAGUGAAGAAAAGCUCAAAUGGAUUCAGAGGAAGUACAUGAUCUACAAUUAUUGCACUGAUGCAAAGAGAUUUCCUCAGGGGUUUCCUCCUGAAUGCCAAUAAU